AUGGGCGGAAAAAAAGAUGGCCAAGGGAAAGAAAAGGUUAAGCAGAAAUCCAAAAUAUCGCGCACCGCGCGUGCGGGACUCCAGAUAGCAGUAGGAAGAACGCAUACUAAUCUGAAAAAUAAAGUGGCAAAACGUCUACGUGUCGGCGCAACUGCCGCAGUUUACGCCGCAUCCACCUUGGAGUAUCUGAUCGCCGAGGUUCUGGAGUUAGCUGGUAACGCCAUGAAGGACUUCAAAGUGAAGCGCAUCACUCCCAGACAUCUCCUUCUGGCAAUCCGCGGUGAUGACGAAUUGGACGAAUUGAUCAGAGCUAUCAUCCCUGGCGGUGGCGUUGUCCCACACAUCCACCGAUUGCUGCAGAACAAGAAUGGUUCGAACUAA